CUCGAGCUCAAGCUGGCACUCGAGCUGCACUCACAAGGUGUUGGCAUGUAUGUUCAAGCACAAGACAUUGUCUCGUUCAUGGCCUUCCCUGGUAACCUUGUGAGAUUCGGUCUCACAAAGCUUGUCUCUCACACAACUGCGAAAAGAUGGAUGCACAAGCUGGGCCGCUUCUGGAAGCAUGAGCCAACUGGGCAGUAUGUCGAUGGGCAUGAGCGCGAAGACGUGGUUAAUUAUAGACAGAAGAAAUUCCUACCU